AUGCGCUUCACAGUUUUCGUAACAGCAGCUUUGGCUGCUUUUACUAUGUCGGUAGAGGCAGUUCGUAACCUGCAAAAAUUCAAGGUUCAAACUAAAGUUAUCGAAGGGAACCGAAAGUUUGAUGGGCUUUGGGCCUCUCUAUAUCAUACCGGAGCAGGCACAGCAGAUGUCUACUUCCACAACAACCGAACGGCUGCAUUUUCAGCCUUUUUGAACCAUACCCAAUUCCAAUGGGUGUACACCGGAGUCUCGCAGAUUCCGUACGCACUAAAUCUUCAAUACCAAACCUACGCCGCCUGGGGACCUCUCGAAGUCUCUCCAGGAUAUGGCUCUGACUACUACGGGAAAGGGUUUGUGUUCAAGAACGGCAACCAGAUUGUGGAUAAAUUUGAAGAAUGGACCGGUUGGUUGGUUUGUGAUUGGUGGCAUCAGGUUCCGCAACUUUUUUGGACCCAGAUCGGGGCCAAAGUGAAAGUGAUUCCUUCUUGUGCAAAAGUCCAGCUGAUUGCAAGAACAUAA